AUUGGAUUAAAUUUGAUUUGGAAUCUCGUAUUUAUCGCAUUUCUUUUCUGGAUUUUGUUGUUUUCUAUAUUUGUACCCGUUUAAAUAUCAUCAUAAUCAUACAAAAUCUAGUUUUGGUCGGUUGAUUUCAUCCUCAUAUCUCGUUACUAUAUCUGCAGAAUUUUGGUCUAAAAGAUUCAUCAGAAAAUCAAUCAAAAUCUAACAAAACAGAGUACCUCAAAUGAUGCAUCGUUUCGUUGACAAUGUUCUUGCUGUCACCAAAGAUGCAGGUCAGCUAAGACAAUCACUUAUGAAUCUUUGAAUAACAUUGCAAGGUUUAUUAAUGGAGUGUCAGCACUUCUGUUGGCAUUUUUACCUGGCAAUGGUACAAUCCUUGAAGGCAUUCACGGCUGGGAGCUUAGACCCACUUUUCGUGGACCCCGGCUUCCACGCUGGAUGGAAAAUGGGGUGUCUUCUUUCAAUCAUUUCAUUCAUGAGCUUUCAGUGGAAUCCGAUACUUCAAGCAUAGAUGCCUCAUCAGGAGAAGAAGAUUAUGACGACAUAUGUCCCGCAUCUCCAUUAUCUCAGAGUUCACGAGCCUCUAGAUCUAGCUCAUUUUCAAGGUAUGAUAGGCGUCGAACCGGAUGGAUCACAUAUAUAUUUAUGUGGCUUUUGUUUCCCAUUAAGUUCCUGCUUGGGAUUCCAUGCCUUUUCUAUCGUCUGUCUUGUGGUGACUCAAAAUCCUCCACUACUUCGGGAAGUGAUCAAGUUCCUAGUCUACGUUCUCGCAAGAGUAUACAAACCCUCAAGGAUCAUAUGGUUCACCGAACAACUGACAAGAGACGUGGAGUUGUUGAGGAUCUUCAACUAGCUAUUGAGAUUUUCAUAGAAGCUAUAUUUGAUAUUGUUCACAAGGUAGCACAUUUUCUUCUCUCACCAUCUGAGGCAUUCAGAGUAGUGUCUCGCUUUUGUUUCUCACACAACAGCCGGGAUAAAGAAGCUCAUGAAAGUGAUGCAAGAGCUUCUGUUCAAACAUCUACACUUGGAGAAAAUGAUCCAAGUACUACAGAAAGAACUGCCUCUUUCCAGGCACUGAACACAGAUGCUAGGACAUGUCAGGAUGUAAUAACCGAACUUGGGUACCCAUAUGAAGCAAUUCAUGUCAUCACAAAUGAUGGUUAUGUCCUUCUCCUGGAAAGAAUUCCUAGACGUGAUUCGAAGAAAGCUGUUUAUCUACAACAUGGAAUCUUGGAUUCUUCAAUGGGCUGGGUGUCUAAUGGGGUUGUUGGUUCACCAGCUUUCGCAGCCUUUGAUCAAGGAUACGAUGUAUUCCUUGGGAACUUCCGUGGUUUGGUUUCUAGGGAGCACAUUGACAAAAGUAUUUCAUUAAGACAAUACUGGCGGUACUCCAUUAAUGAGCAUGCCACUGAGGAUAUUCCUGCAAUGAUUGGGAAGAUUCACGAAGUAAAAACGGCUGAAUUAAACCUUAGUCAACCAGGUUCUGGGGAAGAAACAAGUGAUGAACAGCCUUACAAGCUUUGUGCAGUUUCUCAUAGUUUAGGAGGUGCAGCCAUGCUAAUGUAUCUCAUAACUCAGAGGAUUCGAGAGAAGCCUCAUAGACUCUCGAGACUCAUUUUGCUGUCCCCUGCUGGUUUCCACAGCGAUUCUACUCUAGUAUUCACAGUAGUGGAGUAUCUAUUUCUUCUUCUGGCUCCUCUCCUGGAACCUUUUGUUCCUGGAUUCUACAUACCAACCAGGUUUUUCCGUAUGCUUUUGAACAAAUUGGCUCGUGACUUCCAUAACUAUCCAGCCGUUGGAGGACUGGUGCAAACAUUGAUGAGUUAUGUUGUCGGCGGAGACAGCUCAAAUUGGGUUGGAGUAUUAGGAUUACCACAUUACAACAUGAAUGACAUGCCAGGGGUAUCAUUUCAUGUGGCGCUUCAUCUUGCACAGAUGAAGCGUUCAGGAAGAUUCAGAAUGUUCGACUAUGGCAGUGUAGCUACCAACAUGGAUAUAUACGGAUCUCCUGAGCCAUUGGACAUUGGCGAGUACUACAGUUUUAUCGACAUCCCGGUUGAUUUAGUCGCAGGACGAAAAGAUAAGGUGAUUCGUCCAUCAAUGGUAAGAAAACAUUACAAGUUGAUGAAGGAAUCAGGUGUAGAUGUUUCGUACAACGAAUUCGAGUACGCUCAUUUGGACUUCACAUUCUCUCAUCGCGAAGAACUCUUGGCUUAUGUCAUGUCUCGCUUGCUUCUCGUGGAACCAACUACUCUUUCGCGACAAUCUAGUCUUAAAGCUUUAAAGCUAAAGAAAAAAGAACUGGUUAAGAAUGAUUCCAAGGCUGAAGAAGAAUCGACAAGCCAGUAAUCAUAUAUUGCAAUCCCGGAAAUGGCGAUGCCCUUCCAUUUUUUUUUGGUUUCAGGAAUCGGCAUUGGCAUUGUACUGAAAAAGGUACGGAUUGGUGUUAUAGAUUAAUACGUAUAGCUUUGUAUAGCGGUUCGGUCAUGUUCCCCACCAGUUUUUUGUGGGGUCAUUGUGCUGAAGUUUAAUUUGAGUGAUGCUCUGAUCAGCUCAGCUCAAAUUGGUAUAUAAAAAUAUAGUAUGGUUUGUAAGAGUAAGUAGUUUUAUGAACUUAAUACUGUAAUUUGUAACAGAUGUUGUAACUUUGUAGUUUUAUGUAUUUCAACGUGUUUUGGCUGCUAUAGGAA